GAUGGAGGCAGAGAAAAACAUUAGCAUAAGAGACAGCGGCGAGGUGGCGGAGAAAGAAGAGGUUCUACACCGUAAAAACCAUCGACGAGGAGGCAUGAGAACAUUACCCUUCAUCCUUGGAAAUGAAUUUUGUGACAGAUUUGCAAGUUCUGGUUUUCAUGCGAACAUGAUAAACUAUUUGACACAAGAGUUGAACAUGCCAAUGGUAGCUGCCUCCAACUUGCUCACUGCUUUCGCUGGAACUUCCAGCUUCACUCCUCUCUUUGGUGCUCUAAUUGCUGACUCCUUUGCUGGCCGUUUUUGGACCAUUCUUCUCGCUUCAUUCAUCUAUCAACUGGGAUUGAUUGUUAUUACUUUAUCAGCUAUAAUACCCCAUCUGCGCCCCCCAGCAUGCUCAACACAGCUGAACUGCAGAGAAGCCUCAUCCUCUCAGCUCUGGAUACUGUACGUCUCUCUUUUACUCAUAGCAGUUGGCACAGGGGGCAUUAGACCCUGUGUUGUCACCUUUUCAGCAGACCAAUUUGACAUGACCAAAACAGGAGUAGCAUCAAGGAACUGGAACCUCUUCAAUUGGUACUCCUUCUGCAUGGCCUUGGCUUCUCUAACUGCUUUGACCAUUGUUGUUUACAUUCAAGACAACAUGGGAUGGGGUUGGGGUCUUGGAAUUCCAACCAUUGCCAUGCUCAUAUCCAUCAUUGUCUUUGUCUUGGGCUCACCACUCUAUAGAACCGUCAAACCAAAUGGUAGUCCUAUCGUUCGUUUGGCACAAGUACUUGUUGCUGCUGUAAAGAAGAGAAAGGAGCCUUUGCCCCAGGAUCACAAGCUUUUGUACCAAAAUUGGGACCUAGAUGCUGCUAUUUCCUCCGAAGGAAGGCUUCUACACUCUCAUCAAUUCAAAUGUUUGGACAAGGCUGCAAUUGUGACAGAAGAAGAAGGAAGAGAUCCAAAUGCAGCACCAGACUUGUGGAAAUUAGCGACGGUGCACAGAGUCGAGGAGCUAAAAUCCAUCAUUAGAAUGCUUCCAAUUUGGGCCUCCGGAAUUUUGCUGAUAGCUGCAUCAUCGUCUCAUAAUUUUGUGAUUCUGCAGGCUCGCACGAUGGAUAGACACCUCUUUCACAACUUCCAAAUCCCCCCAGCGAGCAUGAGCAUUUUCACUGUUCUAACCAUGAUGGUAGGUGUUGUUCUCUACGAACGGCUUUUUGUUCCAUUCAUCCGUAGGUUCACAAAGAACCCUUCAGGAAUCACAACCCUACAAAGAAUGGGAGUAGGUUUUGUGGUUAGCAUUAUAGCCACACUGGUCUCAGCAUGGGUGGAAAUCAAGAGAAAAAAAGUUGCUGCCAAGUACCACUUAUUGGACAGUCCAAGAGCAACUAUUCCUAUAAGCGUGUUCUGGUUGGUACCUCAGUAUUGUCUGCAUGGGGUUGCUGAAGUUUUCAUGGUUGUGGGCCAUUUGGAAUUUCUGUAUGAUCAGUCACCGGAAAGCAUGAGGAGCACUGCUGUAGCUCUAUACUGCAUAACCACUGCCAUUGGGAACUAUGUUGGUACAGUUAUGGUCUCGCUAGUUCAUAAGUAUUCUGGUAAGGAAAGGAACUGGUUGCCUGAUACCAACCUCAACAGGGGUAGAUUGGACUGCUACUUUUAUUUUCUUAGUGGGAUCCAACUUUUCAAUCUCAUUUAUUUUCUAAUAUGUGCAUGCUUUUACACUUACAAGUCCCUCCAGGAAAUUACUCAAGUUAAUAAUCUCCGUGAUUUGGAACAAGACAAACAAAACAUCUCUUCUAUAGCCAAUGAAGGAAAAGAAGAUAUGGAGAUAGAGAAGAAGAGUGUGGAAAUGGAUAGUGGCGAGGUUACUGAGAAGAAACCACAGCAACGUCGUGGUGGUAUCAGAACAUUACCUUUCAUCCUUGCAAAUGAAUUCUGUGAUAGAUUUGCAGUAGCUGGUUUCAAUGGAAACUUGAUAAGUUACCUGACCCAAGUGCUGAACAUGCCACUGGUAUCUGCCUCAAACAUUCUCACUAUAUAUGGUGGAACAGCUAGUUUCACCCCUCUUCUUGGUGCUCUCAUUGCUGAGUCCUUUGCUGGUCGCUUUUGGACUAUCACUGUUGCUUCUCUUAUCUAUCAACUGGGACUGGUCAGUUUAACAGUAUCAGCUAUACUGCCCCAUUUUCGUCCCCCACCAUGCCCAACACAAGUGAAUUGCCAAGAAGCCAAACCUUCUCAACUCAGCAUAUUCUACAUCUCUCUCCUACUAACAUCUCUUGGAUCAGGUGGCAUUAGGCCUUGUGUUGUGCCCUUUUUAGGGGACCAAUUUGACAUGACCAAAAAUGGUGUGGCAUCUAGGAAAUGGAACCUCUUCAAUUGGUAUUUUUUCAGCCUGGGAUUGGCUUCUCUUAGUGCCUUGACCAUUGUUGUUUACAUUCAAGACAACACGGGCUGGGGUUGGGGCUUUGGCAUACCAACUAUUGUCAUGUUUGUAUCCAUCAUUGCCUUUGUGUUGGGGUCACCACUCUACAAGACUCAGAAACCAGAAGGUAGCCCUUUGGUUCGUUUGCUUCAAGUCAUUGUGGCUGCUGUAAAGAAGAGGAACAAGACUUUGCCAAAUGAUCCCAAGUUUUUGUACCAAAACAGUGACCUCGAUGCUGCUAUCUGUCUCGAAGGAAGACUUUUACACACAAAUCAAUUUAAAUGGUUAGACAAGGCUGCAAUUGUCACAGGGGAAGAAAGCAGAGACCCAAAUGCACCACCAAACUGGUGGAAAUUGGCCACUGUUCAUAGAGUUGAGGAGCUAAAAUCCAUCAUUAGAAUCAUUCCAAUUUCUUCCUCAGGAAUUUUGCUCAUAGCUGCUUCAUCACAUCUUCCCAGCUUUGUAAUUCAACAAGCCCGCACAAUGGAUCGACACCUCUCUCACUCAUUCCAAAUUUCCCCAGCCAACAUGUCCAUUUUCAGUGUACUAACCUUGAUGUCAGGAGUUGUUCUAUACGAACGCCUCUUUGUUCCGUUUAUCCGUAGGUUCACAAAGAACCCUCCAGGAAUCACAACCCUACAAAGAAUGGGAAUAGGCUUUGUGAUUAACACUAUAGCCACAUUAAUUUCAGCACCAGUUGAAGUAAAAAGAAAAGCUGUUGCUGCCAAGUACCACUUAUUGGAUAGUCCAAAUUCCACUAUUCCUAUCAGUGUGUUCUGGUUGGUGCCUCAGUAUUGUUUGCAUGGCUUAGCAGAUGUUUUCAUGUCUGUGGGGCUUUUUGAGUUUCUCUAUGAUCAAUCACCUGAAAGCAUGAGAAGCACUGCCACUGCUUUGUACUGUAUAGUAAUUGCCCUUGGGAGCUAUGCUGGUACACUAGUUGUAUCACUUGUGCAUAAGUAUAGUGGCAAGGAGGAGAAUUGGUUGCCUGAUAGGAACCUCAACAGGGGUAGGUUGGACUACUAUUACUUGCUUGUUACUGCGAUUCAAGUCUUGAAUAUCAUUUAUUUUGGAAUUUGUGUUUGGUUUUACACUUACAAGCCCUUGGAAGAAUUUACUCAAGUGAGCAUUCACAAGGAUUUGGAAUUGGAACAGGACAAUAAUACAAACAUCUCAUCUCCCAAUCCCAAAGAUGGUGGAGAUGCUGAAUACAUAAAGUAAAGAAUAUGGUGUAUUUCCGUUCCACUCGUCAUUAGUUUGAAUGGUAUAAUCUCAAGGUUUUAUCGAAUAUCAUGUAUGUCAUAUUUCAGUUUAUGGUUAUACUAAUGAAACUUGAAACUUGAAACUGUUUAAGAAUGACAAUAAUAUUACAAAAUU